UGUUUCUUGCACACCUCGCCUUCGGUCAGACCUUAGGGUACAGAGUGAUGUAUGCGCGUCCCCGCCAUCAGGUUACCUCGUCAAUCCAUUUGUAGUUAGACGAGCACCUCGCAGGCUGACUGUGGACGCGCCUGGGGCGAUCAAGCUUUUCGCACUAAACGCACGCCCUUACCUCAUCCCUCCUCCGCCCACCGCUAUCACACAUACACACUGGCGCCAACGGCGGGCGCAGUCCCUCGAACACAGAAGUGGCCACGCGCUGUCAGUCACAGCACCGGAGCUCGAAGUGCACCGCGCUUUUGCAGAGGUGAGCGAAGCCGCUCCUGCAGCAUCAGCACCCUUUCAGCAGAGAGAGGAGUGUCACGGAUCUGGAGAAGACGGUGCAGACGCGGAGAAGAAUGGAAUACGGACCGAGAGGACAAGCACAGCUUUUGCGUUCAAGGACGACCGACUCCAAAUUUCUGUAGCGGCUACUUAAUUGCUGCGCUUUUUCCAGAAAAGGGAAAAAAUUGGACCUGAUACUCGUUGAAGAAAGGGGAGCACUGUGGCGUACGCUCUGGAGCGUACAGUUUUCUUCAGGCUCUGCUCAAGUUUGGUGCAUUGUUUCCUCACACUUAGCGGAGCAACGGAUUAAAUUACUUAUUUUUGACGCCUUCGGGCAUGGCGUGUGGAUGUCGUUCGGCGUUUCUAGUCACUCGCCGAGGAGCUGCAUCGUUAGAGGGGGUUCCUUCUCUUCCGCCCUUGAACGUAUCGGAUCUCCACUGCGGCUACGCCACCACCCCGCCCCCCUGCCCGCUGUGAUGGGAGCACCUUGAACGGUAUCCCCCGUCCUCUCUGGCUCCAGUCCUGUAUUGCUGGUGGUGCCUCUCAAAGAAGAGGGGGAGAAGAGCCAGGAGUGGCGGCUGCCGCGUGGGAAAAGCACUCGUCUUGGACCUGCAAUGGUCACAAAGCAGGAUGCUUUCACCCGAGGUGGAAACGGAUACCGCUGCAGGAGACACGGCACCCAGCACCCCGAAUGGAGGAGUGGAGACUCCCGCUAGCGUCGACGUGUUGGAGGAGCAGCGUCCAGUGAAACAAUCUCUGAGUGCCUCCAUGUGCCGUGAAUCACACUGGCGCUGCCUGCUGUUGUCUAUGCUGAUGUAUGGCUGCUUGGGAGCAGUAGCUUGGUGCCAACUAACACGAGUCACCAAACUGAGCUUCGACUCAUCAGCCACCUCUUCCCUUUCUUCAUCCUCUUCCUCACUGCGGGGAGGUAUGGGAAUGAGCGGCCGAUCCAUGAUCUACCAUGACAGCCCCUGCUCAGAUGGUUAUGUUUACAUACCCCUGGCAUUCCUGCUAAUGCUUUAUGUGGUCUACUUAGUGGAGUGCUGGCAUUGCCGUGCCCGUAGUGAAUUGCAGUGCAAGGCUGACGUGGACAGUGUUUAUGAGAGAGUUCUGCGUAUGCGUCAGGCAAAACCUUGUGUCUGGUGGAAGGCCAUUAGCUAUCAUUUUGUUCGGAGGACACGACAAGUCACACGAUACCGCAAUGGUGAUGCUUAUACCACUACACAAGUGUAUCAUGAACGUGUUAACACUCAUGUGGCAGAAGGGGAGUUUGAUUACACACGUUGUGGUGUGCGGGAUAUCUCCAGGGAAUUAAAAGGGCUUGAAAGUCAUUCGGCUACCAGGCUGCGCUUUACCAAGUGCUUCAGUUUUGCUGGUUCUGGUGCAGAGAAUGCCUAUCUUAACCAGCGAGCUCGAUUUUUUACUGAAAUUGAAGGCCUAGACGAUUACAUGGAAGCAAGAGAAGGAAUGCAGUUAAAAAAUGUGGAUUUUAAGGAGCACCUGAUUGCAUAUGUGGACCCUGACAAACCUCCUUGGUAUGCUUCACACGUGGCAUUCUGGCUGGCAGCACUUCUUAUGCUGUCAUGGCCCCUCCGGGUUCUGAUUGAGUAUCGUACAGCUUAUGUGCACUACCAUGUGGAGAAGCUGUUUGGUCUAGAGUACAGUAACAGUGGCCCAUCUCCCAUGGAAGACGUACCCCUGAAUGGUUGCAGUUACGGUUUACCCCGAGCUGAUACUGUGGACAGCACAGAGCUGGAAUGGCAUAUUCGCUCUAACCGACAACUCAUUCCAAGCUAUUCUGAAGUAAUGCUAAUGGAUCUGGCUGGUUCUGGUUCAGGGUCUGGUGACACUGGGUCUUCCACUUGCUUUUUAAGGGACAGCUACCCUGCUCGGAGUUAUGGAGCCCUUGUUCAGGAUUGUGAGCGUUGUUGCUACUUGCAGGACUGGCAAAGACCAGCAGCCACCAGCUCCAGUUGUUCGUCCAUCUUCUCUCGCCAUGCAUUUCACUCUCGCCUUUCUCUGGACACUUCACGAUUUUCACUGUGUCGCAUGUAUGGCUCUCGACGCACUAUGGGCCUGUGGAGGAGUCGAAGCAGCAAUUUGACAGAGCGGUGCUGCCUGGAUGAACAGUGCUGUCGCUCUUAUUCCAGCCAACUGGCAUUAAAUGAAAGCCCCCCAACUUAUCGUGAUGCCAGGUUCUUCCCAGUACUUAUUGUCCACCGGUCAGAAGGGUGUGCCAACUCUGGGGAGGUGCGUCGUUAUUAUGUUCGCCGGGGCUCCUGCUGCCUUGAGACUUCUCUUUGAAAUGUAUAGGUUGCUUUUCAAUAGCCUGUCAGUGACUGAGGCUAUAGGCUUAAAUUUCCAUCAUUGACCAAUGAUUUAAAGGCACAGAAUGAGACCUCACUGCCCAAUAGUCUGUUCAUAUACCAUUAUUUUCGUUUUUUUGCUGGCUGCUUAGUCUGCUUCCUGUAUGUAUAUUUAUGUCACUGAUGACUCCUUUACAUCAAACCUCCAGCCUGACAUUAUGGGUGAUGUAUAGAUUUAAAAGAAAGCUUAGGGAUCUCCACUAUGUCAUCUCAAUUCCUUUCUUCAUUAAGGAAUAUAUAGGGAGUCAGGAUGUAAGAGCUGUCACAAGUGUCUUCCUCACUCUGUUCUUCCACCUGAUCCUAUUCCAUGGUUUUGUUGCUUUCUUCAUGCCUCAUACCUAGAGGACACCUAUUUGUUAUCUGCUUUUGCCUGGUGGUGAGGACUAAUUCAAUACUUUCCCAGUGUACAAGCAUAAGAGUACAGAUCAAAGGGUUUGACCAAAUGAGAAUAACUCAAUAAAGAAAUGAAAGUCAUCCAUCCUAAACUAAAAAGAGGAGGAAACUCCAUAUUCUGUUGUUUGAAUUUAGAGUAGGGAGUGACUAGGCUUGAUAGCCCCAAACACUUAAUGCCCAUCAAUCUGUAUCAAGUAGAUUCCUGGAUUUAGGUUUGGGAUUUAUGACCAAAUAGAAAGAGCAUAUUAAACUGGGUUAAAUAUAUACCCCACGGUCCUUUUUCUUCUAGUGCUUAUGGUGGUGAACAUGUUGAUGAUAAUAGCUAUUUUCAAACAUAACACAUCAGUGCAUAAUAAAUGGAUACAAACAAAUCAGGUAGUCUUAUACAAAAAUUUUAAAUCAAAUUUAGAUGUGCUGCAUUUUUCACAUCUUUUUUUGACAAUAAGUGAUUUAAGAAAUUCAAACUAUUUAGCACAGGUAGGAAAAAUCUAAGCUUCCAUUUAUUCUAAAGACACAACUGCUUAAUAUAUAGUGUGUUUAUAUAAGUGUAAUAACUUAGAAUCAUAACUAACCUAUAAUAUUCAUGUAUUUUGACAGAAUAAAUAUUUUAGAAAUUAAGACACCUGUCACAAACACAGUGAAAUUUCCAAAGCCAGCAUUCUGCUAUGGUGUAAACAGAAAAGAAAAUCUUUACACUUUGCCUUGUGGUAAAAAAGGAAAAAUAAGGGCUGCUGAUUACUUUCCCACAGUUAUGGCAGAACAUAGACCAUAAUAUGGUUGUGUAAGUAUGAACAAGUUUCCAGGUGUGAAAGUGCCUCAGAUUUGAUUUGUCACAAUUGGAAGCUUGAACCAAAUGCAUUAUACAUUUAAUAACUCUUUUGACAAAAAUUUAAGUGUUGAAGGUGCAGAGCGUAAUAAAUGAUAAAGGUUUGCCAUAUUAUUAUACAGUCCAUGGCUGACAAAUCAAAACUGCCACCUCACAUUGUUUUGGAUUUAAACUUUACCAGAAGGCCUGCAGUUUCUAUCAUUUAUUAUUGUCACCAUCUCUGUGAUCUGAAAUUAAAAUCUUAAGAAGCCCACAGUAUGUCCAAAGUGCUCUUCACAAAGAGUUUCGCUUCUAUGUAAGAUUAUAAUCUGCUGAAAAUUGGGUCUGGUUGUGCAAUGUUGGACAGUCAGUGAGAACAAAUAUACUGCAUCAUCUAUAAGGCCUCCAGGUCUCUUGUUUGCCUCGGCUUUGAGAUACCCUUUCAUUGUUUUCCCUGCUUUAAACACCUGUGUUCUGUUGUAGCAGACCAUUUGCAUUUAAACAUUGUGCAACAAAGUUUAUAAAAAUACAGCUAAAAGCUUAAAGUGACUAAAA